AUGAAGGCCGGCUGCAGCAUUGCGGAUAAGCCAGGAGGAGGAGGAGGAGGCUACCACUUCCCCGACUGGGCUUACAAGACGGAGUCCAGCCCCGGCUCCCGGCAGAUCCAGCUCUGGCACUUCAUCCUGGAGCUGCUGCAGAAGGAGGAGUUCCGCCACGUCAUCGCCUGGCAGCAGGGCGAGUACGGGGAGUUUGUCAUCAAGGACCCCGACGAGGUGGCGCGGCUGUGGGGCAGGAGGAAGUGCAAGCCCCAGAUGAACUAUGACAAGCUGAGCCGGGCCCUCAGAUACUAUUACAAUAAGAGGAUCCUUCACAAGACCAAGGGGAAGAGGUUCACCUACAAGUUCAACUUCAACAAGCUGGUGAUGCCCAAUUACCCUUUCAUCAACAUCCGGCCCAAUGGUGUCGUCCCACAGAGCGCCCCUCCCAUCCCGACGGCUUCCUCCCGGUUCCAUUUCCCUCCGCUGGACGGCCACUCUCCCACAGAAGACCCCCAGCCGAACCACUUCUCGGCCCGGUCCCUGGUGCCGCCUGGCCAGGAGUCCCUGAAUAACGGCAGCCUCGGCGAGAAGCCGUCUCCGGUGCCGGAGCUGGACGGCAGCUCUCCCGACUGGAGGCACGGGGUGGACCUCCUGCCCUCUCGCAACGCGGCCUCUGGCGCGGCUGGGGUCGGCCCCUCGAAGCGCAAACCAGACCUGGUGCUCCCUCUCUUCAGCAGGCCGGGGCUGUACCCCGACCCGCACAGCCCGUUUGCCGUCUCUCCCCUCCCGGCCCGGGGAGGUGUCCUGAACGUCCCCAUCUCCCCGGCUUUGUCCCUGACACCCACCUUCUUCUCCUACAGCCCCUCCCCGGGCAUGAGCCCCUUUCCGGGGAGCAGCUGCUUCUCCUUCAACCCCGACGAGAUGAAGCACUAUCUCCACUCGCAGGCCUGCUCCGUCUUCAACUACCACCUGAGCCCCAGGACUUUCCCCCGCUACCCGGGGCUGCUGAUCCCGCCCCUGCAGCGCCAGGGGCCUCCCGAGGAUCAGCCCCCGUUCCCCAUCAAGCUGCAGCCCCCGCCCAUCGGGCGCAAGAACCGAGAGAGGCGUGAGAGUGGUGGCGAGGCGGGGGCUUUGCAGGCCCCUCCCCCCUUGUCCCCUCAAGUUAAGACGGAGCCGAUUUUGGACAAGGAAGCCGAGGGUGGAGAUUCCCCUGAGAAGAAGGACCAAGAGGGAACGGAGGACGGGGCCAGCCAGGAGGCGGGGAGAGCUCUGUUUGCCAGGCCGGUGGCCCCCUCUUGGCCCGUGGUGAUGCCCACGCCCGUGCCCGCCCCAGUCCCCUUGCCAGCGGGGAAAAAGCCCAAGCAGGAGGAGGGGAGGGGCGAGAGGAGCCCCCAGGAGCCUGCGGGGGACCUGAGCACCCAGGAGAAGAGGGAAGACGCGGCGAUGCCCCCCAAGCUGCGGCUCAAGCGCCGCUGGUACGGCGACUGGCAAGCGGACGUCCUGGAGGAGAGCCGGGGCAGGAAGCCCCUCUGGGGAGACGUUCCCCUAAGCAGCCCCCACGGCCUGCUGGCUCCUAAGGCUGUAGCGGCCACGGCAGCUGCAGACGCUUAG